GGGUUUAAUGACUACAGUCAGAUUAAUUCGUAUGAUUUUUUUUAUCUAUAGAACCUUGAAUUCAUUAUGGGUUUGAAUUUGCUUGGUAUUGACAUUUUGUUAAUGUAGUUUGAUUAGUUCUAUUUGUGUUAUCAGAAUGAUGUCAAAUUUUUUUUGUCAGUUUAAUUAUAUGUUUAGAACAAUUAAAUUCAGAUUGAAUUCUUUAAGAGCCGCUGAAUUAGGAUGAGAGCACACAGAGAAAGAAUAUUUUUUCGAAGGGCGAAAAACAUGAUCAUGAGAAGUGCGUUCACCAGAAAUCGGAAAAAAGAACUCCAAGUCCAGAUAAUGACAUCCGUAAACUUUUCGUAAAUAAAAACCAAAUAAACUCACUAAACUUUCUUGUUGCAACAGCCCAACGAUAGGGACACCGGCAAUAUAUUUGUGUGUGAGUGUGCCUGUUUUACCGACGUGUGAACCAAAAUUAAUACACCUUCAUGCGCGUUACGACCCGUCGUGACAUUGCGAGGCGAAGGAAACCAGAUGGAUAGGGAUUUUGGCGAUAUAUGUCUUAUUUACGUUAUAAUGAAUGAUUCUGAAGGGUUUCAGGUUUCGAGGAGGGAACCGGGAUGAACGUCCAGGAACUUAUGAUUAG